AUUUCCUGUCAGCAUUAAACGCUUCAGUUUCCUCGGCAGACGACGAAUUAUUCCAAGGUUGUCCGGUAGGUGGCGAGGUACCGGUGGUGACUUCAGGUUAGGAAAUCAGCGCCCCUCACCCGCUGUGUCCUGGGAAGCAAGGAUGAGGAUGAUGUUGUCCGGACAGCGUGGAAACCCGGUGGACAGCGCGCUUACUUGAUGUGUUACUUCAUAUGCGAGCUAACUUCCACCCCACAACUCUUGCAAUUGUCACUUUCCAGUGAUGACAGAGCUUUCGCGGGUACUCGUUGUUGGGAAGCAUCCUGUGUCGCACACGCAGUGCAGUAUGGAGAGCGAAUGGAGAUUAUCUAAAUCAAACCUAAGUUUAAGAUGCUGGGACCUCGGCCAGAAACGGGAGCACAGCCAGAGCCAGUGAUGAACCCUCCACGCCGAACCUCGAGCUCCCACGGUGACAGGCCAUCCACUGAGACCGUGCAGAAAAACAACAGCAGCAACUCUGGUGUUAUUCUGGACAUCUCAGCUCUCAAGAUGGCCGAUGUGGAUUCAGGGGUGCCUCCGCUCCCACCUCGUUACCGAUUCAGGGACUUGCUGCUGGGGGACCAGACAUUUCAGAAUGAUGACAGGUAUCAGGAGGAGUACAGUAUGGACUCAACCAAUGCCCAGGUUCAGGUAGAGUUCUAUGUGAACGAAAACACCUUCAAGGAGAGGCUAAAGCUUUUCUUCAUCAAAAACCAAAGGUCAAGCCUGAGGAUCCGCUUGUUCAACUUCUCACUGAAGAUUCUCACCUGUGCCCUCUACAUAUUAAGAGUCAGCUUGGAAGAUAUGAAGGAGAAAAAUGGGAGCCCAUGUGCAAUGAAUCGAAGCAAUGGUUGGAAUGAUACAUCGGAGCCACCACAAAUCAAAUGGGAACGCAUUUUCUGGGUGAACAGACGAGAGUCUGUGUGGGCAAUACAGGUGACAGUGGCCUUAAUCAGUUUUUUGGAGACUAUGCUUAUCACAUAUCUCAGCUACAAGGGAAACAUUUGGGAGCAGAUCUUCCAGAUUUCCUUCAUACUGGAAAUGAUCAACACAGUGCCAUUUAUAAUCACAAUUUUCUGGCAUCGAUUAAGAGACAUAUUCGUCCCUGUGUUUCUUAACUGCUGGCUAGCCAAAGGUGCUCUGGAGAAUAUGAUUAAUGAUUUCCAUCGUGCCAUUCAAAGGACCCACUCUGCCAUGUUUAACCAGGUGUUCAUCCUCAUCUGCACCUUACUGUGUCUGGUUUUCACCGGGGCUUGUGGGAUCCAGCAUCUAGAGAGAGCUGGGAAGAACUUGACCUUAUUUGACUCGUUCUAUUUCUGCAUCGUUACUUUCUCCACCGUGGGCUACGGGGACGUCACGCCACAAAUCUGGCCCUCCCAGCUGCUGGUGGUCAUUCUCAUCUGUGUUGCCCUGGUGGUGCUGCCGCUACAGUUUGAAGAACUAGCAUACCUGUGGAUGGAGAGCCAGAAGUUGGGGGGUAACUAUAGUCGACAUCGGGCGCAGACAGAGAAGCACGUGGUGUUGUGUGUCAGCUCGCUGAAGAUAGACCUGCUGAUGGAUUUCCUCAACGAGUUCUACGCUCAUCCCAGAUUACAGGACUAUUAUGUGGUGAUUUUGUGCCCGACAGAGAUAGACAUUCAAGUUCGUCGAAUUCUCCAGAUCCCCCUGUGGUCCCAGAGGGUUAUCUACUUGCAAGGAUCUGCUCUCAAAGACCAGGACCUGAUGAGGGCCAAGAUGGACGAUGCUGAGGCCUGCUUCAUCCUGAGCAGCAGGAACGAAGUCGACCGAACUGCAGCUGAUCACCAGACUAUUUUGAGGGCAUGGGCUGCAAAAGACUUUGCUCCAAACUGCCCUCUCUACGUACAGAUUCUCAAACCAGAAAAUAAAUUUCAUGUUAAGUUUGCUGAUCAUGUAGUUUGUGAAGAGGAGUUCAAGUACGCUAUGUUGGCACUCAACUGUGUGUGUCCAGCCACGUCCACUUUAAUUACGCUGUUGGUUCACACCUCCAGAGGACAGGAGGGGCAGUUAUCACCGGAGCAGUGGCAGAGGACAUAUGGACGCUGCUCUGGAAACGAGGUCUACCACAUCCGCUUGUGUGACAGCAAGUUUUUUGGGGAGUACGACGGAAAGAGUUUCACCUAUGCUUCCUUCCACGCCCACAAGAAGUAUGGCGUGUGUUUGAUUGGAGUUAAAAGAGAGGACAACAAAAGCAUCCUCCUGAACCCCGGACCUCGCCACAUCAUGGCUGCUACUGAUACCUGCUACUACAUCAACAUCACCAAGGAAGAGAACUCUGCUUUCAUCUUCAAGCAAGAGGAGAAGCACAAGGGCCUGCCUGUCUCCGGGCUCUACGACGCCCCCUCAAGGCUACCUGUGCACAGCAUCAUCGCCAGCAUGGUUGAUCAGGCCACUUCAUUUGGCACCGUAGCCAUUGACCUGCAGCAUCCCGAUCCUCCUGAGGAAACCAGCAAACUCGCCCUCCCAACAGAGAACGGAGCUGGAAGCCGCCGACCGAGCAUCGCCCCCGUUCUGGAAAUUGCUGACUCCUCCUCCAUCCUGCCCUGCGACCUCCUCAGUGACCAGUCAGAGGAUGAGACCAACCAAUCAGAUGAGGAAGGUUCUGUAGGUUCAGACUUUGUGAAGGGCUAUCCCCCCAACUCCCCCUACAUCGGCAGCUCUCCAACCCUGUGCCACCUCCUACCACAGAAAGCUCCGUUCUGCUGCCUUCGCCUCGACAAGGGCUGCACACAUAACAGCUUCGAGGAUGCCAAGGCAUACGGCUUCAAGAAUAAGCUGAUUAUAGUGUCUGCAGAGACGGCCGGAAAUGGCCUCUACAACUUCAUCGUCCCUCUGCGGGCUUAUUAUCGGCCCAGAAAAGAACUCAACCCCAUAGUGCUGCUACUGGACUACCCGCCAGACAACCAUUUCUUAGAGGCCAUUUGCUGCUUUCCAAUGGUUUACUUCAUGGCCGGCACAAUUGAUAACUUGGACAACCUGCUGCAGUGUGGUAUCAUCUAUGCUGACAACUUGGUCGUUGUGGACAAGGAGAGCACUAUGAGUGCUGAGGAAGACUACAUGGCAGAUGCCAAGACCAUCGUCAAUGUCCAGACAAUGUUCAGGUUGUUCCCCAGUCUCAGCAUCAUCACUGAGCUCACACAUCCAUCCAACAUGAGGUUCAUGCAGUUCAGAGCCAAGGACUGCUACUCACUCGCGCUCUCCAAACUGGAGAAGAACUGCUGUAAUUCUCCGUGGCAUAGAUUCACACAGCUGCUGCAGAUUUGGCUGCACAUCCAUGAUGACAAUUUCCUGUUCUACCACAUCCCAAAGAUAGAGCGUGAUAAGGGCUCCAACCUGGCUUUCAUGUUCCGGCUGCCGUUUGCUGCAGGCAGAGUGUUCAGUAUCAGCAUGCUGGAUACACUACUUUACCAGUCAUUUGUCAAGGACUACAUGAUCGCCAUCAUCAGGCUUCUCCUCGGUCUGGACACCACGCCUGGUUCUGGGUACCUAUGUGCUAUGAAGAUCACAGAGGAGGACCUGUGGAUCAGGACCUACGGCAGACUCUUCCAGAAACUUUGCUCCUCCAGCGCUGAGAUUCCCAUCGGGAUCUACCGGACCGAGUCGCAUAUGUUCUCAACCUCUGAGUGCAGGGACAGUAAUGCACAGUCUCAGGUGUCCAUCAACGUGGAGCAUGGUGAGGAGCACCGUGAUCGUGGAGGAUCCUGGAAGGAGAAGACGGGCUACAGAAACUCCACCACGAGCGACCAAUCGGAGCACCCGCUGCUAAGGAAGAAGAGCAUGCAGUGGGCUCGGCGGCUGAGCAGGAAGAACGUCAAACCGUCGACCAGAGCGGAGCGCAUCUCACAGCAGAGACUGAAUCUGUAUCGGCGCUCCGAGCGACAGGAGCUGUCCGAGCUGGUGAAGAAUCGCAUGAAGCACCUGGGCCUCCCCACUGUGGGAUACGAGGAUGUUUCUAAUCUCACUGCGAGCGAUGUCAUGAAUCGAGUAAAUCUAGGAUAUUUGCAAGAGUUGCAGGACAUUUCAGAGCACCCGUAUUCAGAGGGGACCAGGCUGUCAGGGCCACAAGCAGAUGAGAUGAACGACCACCAGAACACGCUGUCCUACGUCCUCAUCAAUCCUCCUCCUGACACCAUGCUGGAGCUCAACGACAUUGUGUAUAUAAUCCGCUCAGACCCACUGGCGCACGUGCCUGAGGACUCGCAGGUGGGACCGGCUCGUUGUAGCAGGAACCAGCAAGACUUUGCCACAGAGACGAGAGAUGAGACCCACCUCUGAAACCCACCCACGCCCCCGGAGUCCUCUACACACCCUGACCCUUAACCUCUAAAAGCCGGCCUGGGCCCACUGAGCUAGUUUGUCUCGCACAGAUAAAGGCUCCUAUCGGGCCGAGAUCAGCUGUCCAUAGUGAAUGUCCAUUAAGUGCGUCUCAGCUCGAGACCAGAAACGCUCAACAUCUUAAAAAUUCACCCCUGAGAGAUCUCCUGUUUCCCUACUGAGCUGCUAUAGAAAGAUGCAUGAAGAGUGCCUCGUCAUCACCUGCCAUUCAAACACACGCAAACACACAUCACCCACGAAAACAAUCUGAAACUGAGAACCCUCCUUCAAAAAAAAAGGACGGCGAGAGUAGAGCUUAAACAGAAUAUCUUCACCGAGCAGUGUGGUUGACCUCAUACCAUGACCUCCUCUGUGCUUGUUUCUACCUGAAUUUACAAAAGAACAGAAACCUGGGGCAACUACACCCUCCUUCACAUCUAAAUGAUCAUGUCAUCUAAAGAUGAGGGUAAAUGCUUUGAAUUUCUUCUUUUUUAGGCAUUUAACCUAAAAUUACACUACCUGUGUACUUCCUCUUUAUUUAUUUAUUUUAGCUUAAUUCAAAUUUUAAAACUUUGUUGGACAGGUUUUUUAUUUACUUACAAGCACAACUUUUUUUUCUGUAAAUAUACACACUGCCGUGCUACUUUUAUCAGCCAGGUUUGCGGUAUCUUUCUGGAAAUGACUUUGCUGUGACCAUUGCUAGAAAGUACAUUUAUUCCUAAUUUAUUUCAUUAAGUUUUCCAAGUCAUGUCUGAUCUACUGUAUGUGCCAUUCUGUUUACACUAUUGCUUUGUGAAUAUCGUUGAAUUAUUUAUAACUUUUGUGCCAUUCUGCAUCUUUUUAGUAUGGAGCCUGUCAGCAGCAGUACAGGUGGAAAUAAAACGUUCAUUAUUCCUUGUUUUACUGCAGUGGGUGCACAAAAUGUUAAUUCGUGUUCAUAAAAAAUGCAGAAGUGCCAAAAUCUGCAGUUUUGUAGGUCAUCUCCAUCAGUGAGUCAGUCCCCAUAGACUUGCAUGCCUGUCGGGAUUUCCCAACUUCAGCUAUGAAAUUUACAUAUUUAAAGCCUUUAAUAAUCAGGGUGUGACAGUACUCGUAGCUGAAACAACAAUUAUUCGCUGAACUGAACUACAACGUUUGUGCUGCUGGUGCCAUUUAAAGCAUUUCUAAUGAAAUAUUUUUUGACAUCGAAAAUAUAUGACCUGCUGUGCAGCUGAUUGUAAAGUCCAAGAAUUUUGUGCUUAAAUUUUGGUGUACCUAAUUUUUUUUAUUAGUAAGUAACUUAUCAGUACUAAUCAGAAGUUAUUUUAGUCUCGACUUUCAGCCCCACAGCUUGCUAACCAAGCUAGCUGCAGAACAUCCUCCCAAUAAGAGCUAAACAUAGUGAGCUUGGCCCCCUGCUUGUUAUCACAGCAGCACUAUCCUGCUUAUCACAUGCUCAUUAUUUAGGAAAAGUCUGUAGACUAGUUUUUUAAUAUACACACACAAAUUACAUCUCAUGUCAGAUCACAUUUUGUGCAUUCAGUUUAGUAAAACAUGGCAUCCCCCCCGCGCCCACCGCCUGCCAACGACAACCUCUGUACAUCUGUGACAUCAGUGUUUAUUAUUACAGGAGCUGACCCAAACAUCUGCAGCAGCAAAAGGAAAACUGUUCAUUUAAAAAAAGGAAUACUUUUCUAAACUUAGCAUUUAGAAAUUAAUGUUAACAACACAAGCCUUUUUGCUGCUGUACUUAUUAUAACUCAGUAUUUAUCUGAAGCAUUAUAAGCUGCAUUUUUAAUUUUAUAUUUAAGUGCUAUUUAUCGUUGAACAGGAUAGAAUGAGAAAAUUCUUCUUUUUUUCUGGACUACUAGUUUUAACAAGUUCAUUUUUAACUGUCAAGUGUCUCCGUCACUCAGUACAUAUCAUGGUCACUUUGUUAGGUACACCUGUUCAACUGCUUGUUAAUGAAGAUAACUGAUCAGCCAAUCAUAUGGUGAGAGUAGAGUGCAUUUAGGAAUGGAUGCCUGUUUGAGACAACCUACAAUUCAAAUCGUGCAUCAGAAUGGGGAAGAAAGGUGAUUUAAGUGACGCGGAAAAGGGUAAUCUUCAUCAUUUGAAAAUUCACAGUGAAAAUCUUUGAAUUAUUGCGUACAUAAAGAUGCUAAAUGUGACUACUUAGCUGUAGAAUUUAGAGAGAGUAUUUAGAUUGCCCAAUUAUCUAGCAAAAUAAGAUGCUCAAUUAACAAAAAAAAUUACCACUUGCACUAAAAUCAAAUCAUAAAAUGUUUAAAUGACUUUCAGUUAUCAGUGCCACAAUGGAUCUGUUGUGGUAAAAAUUGGAGAAUUGAUAUCUCUAACUGCUAUUUCACUCGGUCACUUGAAAAUAAAGAUCCUCAUCUUUUGCUAAAUGCUAUCAGAUGCAUCAUCGUUAACUGUAAUUAAUAUCAACAGCAGUCAGGCUCCAGUGUUUUCAACUUGAAUUUAUUUGAUUGUUAUCGGGUUUUUUAUUUGUUUGUUUGUUUUUUGUUUUUAUGAUCAUAUCUGUUGAUGAGUUGCAGUGCGACCGGUAGCAGAAUAGUUUUGCACAGAUAUCGACAGGCACAGUCAAGUCUGUUUCUAUCCUGUAAAUUUACUGUAUUUCCAAAUUUAUUUUGGAACGAGCUGAAAAGCAAAAUGCGCUCCUUUCUGAACUGUACGGGCACAUUGUGUAUGAAACAAUAUUUAAUCUUGAUUUAUCUUCUUUCAGCUGUACAUUUGGUUUGCUCAGUGUAUAUAAAACCUUAAUGUACUCAUUGUUUGCCAGUUUGUUAUUUUGUGUGACGAAACGUGAAACUGUUGGACUUGAACUAUUUUUGCACUAUGCUCUACGGGAAUGCGUAGAGCAUAACAGCACCCCUUUAAUAUGAAUCUGCAGAACACGGCGGACAGUAUUCAACCGUUCCCAUGAAGCAGAAACAAGCGUGAUGUGCAGUAAAUUAUCAUGCAUCUGUUGGUUUGGUUUACCCUGUGAAUGUUUACAAAACUUAAUUCGAUACUUAAUUUUUCAUUUGUCAAAGAAAUAUCCAGUGACGAUUUGAGAAAUCAAAGUGUUUUCUCUCACUGAGAUGUGCCAUUUUUUCCCUUGUUUGUUCUGAAGAAAAUAUAGCAUAGGCUUUUUCAUGCUUAUUACUGUAGGCAUAUUUGUUCCGCUGAAAUGUACUGUUGAUCUUUGUUCAUUGGCCCCUCUGAAGUGUCAGUUUACAGGGCAGGGGAGGUGAGGAGUGAAAGCGUGAGUGACUGCGAUGGAGGAUGCAAUCAGUGUGCUGAUAUACUCGCGUAACAUCUUCCUAGGUCCUCACUUGUGACAAAUCCUAACACUCUAGAAAGGGUUCACUUCACAUCUCCUACUGUCCACACUUACAAUACCACACAGGGCAUGUUAACACGAAAAAAAAAGAAGCAUGUUUUGAUAUACAGGCUUGCCAAGAACAAGACAUUUUGUACGUUGACAGGGACAUUUAGUCCAAUGUCUAGAGAAACCCAUAAUCGAGUCAACUGCUUGCAAGCUGGAGUCCUUAUUUGAUACUGUGUAUUUAUAUGAAUGGAACAUGCAUGUUGUCUCUGUGUUAACAAAAGCCUACUAUAUGUAUUCUGUUUACCUCCACUUUGUUUUUGAGUCAUUGUCCAAUUUUUGUACUAUUUCUUAUGAGAAGUGUUCUUCUCCACAUUCAUAAUAUGAACAAAUAAAUGCUGCAUGCAGCCAGAGCGGAUGAACCUAACACAAACA